CAGAGUGCAUCCCUGGUUUGUGGUUUGCAUUUUUUGGCGCUGCACGUGUUCGGUUUGUUUUGAUUUAAUAAAAACGUAUUUUAAACAAAAUGAAGUGGACAACGGCAAAUGUAAAGCAUCAUAAUUAUACAGCCAAACAUGAAAUCUAUGUGGGCACACACACAGGAUCCUUUAAACAUUUGUGUCCCGCCGAUGAGAAGACUCCCUAUGGCCAGAGCAAUCUCAGUGACAUUAAAUCAUUGGAUAAGGAAUCGAGAGUAACUACCUUGUCAUUUGGUAAUGACCAGCAAACGGAAAUUUUAUUAGGAAGAGCCAAAAACACAGCCGAGAUAUGUCCACUGGCCAGAGCAGGAAGUCCAGGUGUUGUUCAAGUUGACUUCAAAGCCGCUCCCAUAGUCGGUUUGGCACGUUAUAAUGAUAGACUCAUAGCCGGCAUUGCCAAUGGACAGAUACAAAGUGUGCUACUUGAUUCCGAAGAAGAUUCAGAGGAAAAUCUUAUCUCUGCUGGCGAUGAAAUGGACCAUUUGCGUCAAUGCACGCAGGCUAGGCAUAUUGUGGCCACUGGUGGCAAGGGGAGACAGAAUAAUUUGAAGAUCUUUGAUCUAGCUGCCGAUGGCAAACAAAUCUUCUCGUCCAAGAAUUUGCCCAAUGAUUAUCUGCAGCUGGAGGUGAACGUAUGGGACAGCGAUGUGGGUUUCAUGGAUUCCCCCCAAGUGGUGGCCACCUGUUCGCGUUAUGGCUAUGUCCGUCUCUACGACACACGCAAACAACGACGACCAGUUGCUCUCUACUCGAGCGAGGAGCACGGCAUGAGUUUUGCUACCCUGGUGGCCCAUGGUAACUACAUCUACACGGGCACCACAAUGGGUGCUCUCAAAGCCUUCGAUACGCGCCGCAUGAAGACCCAUGUGCAUACCUACAAAGGCUUCACCGGAGGCAUUAGUGAUCUACAUUUGGAUAGCAGUGGCAAAUACUUGAGUUCCGCCAGUUUGGAUCGCUAUGUGCGCGUCCACGAGGCGGAAUCCACUGUCUUACUGUAUCAAUGCUAUGUCAAAUCAAAGGCCACCAAAAUUCUUAUACGUCCAGCUGAGGAAACUGAAAAGGAGGAAACUGACAAUGAGGAUGACGAUGAAGAGGUGGAACAACAAGUGGACAAGAGGAACAAUAAGCAAAUUAAGACAACUCCUGUUGAUGAUGAAUAUGAGGAUAUGUUUGAGCAAAUGCCAACUGUGGGCGAUGAAGAGGACAAUGAGGACGAGGACGAUAACGACCAGGCUGAAACAACAAAAAAACAGCAACAACAAAAGAAACGUAAAGCUUCUAAACAAAUACUGCAAAGUAAAAAGAAAAAAACAACUAAAUAAAUGUCAAUGUUAAAUAUUUAGUUUAAACUUUUUAGUUUUACAUACAAGUUUUAAAGAAAUUAUUGUAAUUAAGUAAAUAAUUUGUUAAUUAUUUCCAAGCCUUUUUCGGCAUUUGAUCCUUUUGCAAUUGAUAAUUUACAUAGAGUCGAUAAAUGCAAUAAUAGAAAAAUUCCACAACAGAAAUCAUGCUCAAGCCCAGGCAAAGAUUGAAAAUGCCACCCAAAUCGGCUACAA